AUGUCAAAGUUGUUAAAGUUGGUCAUUGUUGGAGAUGGUGGUGUAGGCAAGUCUGCCUUGACUAUUCAGUUGACUCAGAACCAGUUCAUUGCAGAGUACGACCCUACUAUAGAGAACUCUUAUCGCAAGCAGGUGAUCAUAGAUGAGGAAGUAUAUAUGUUGGAUAUCCUGGACACUGCUGGACAGGAGGAAUACUCUGCAAUGAGAGAUCAAUAUAUUCGUUCUGGUAGAGGAUUCUUGAUUGUAUACAGUAUAGGAUCGAGGGCAAGCUUCGAAGCAGUGACAUCAUUUAGAGAUCAGAUUCUUCGCGUAAAGGACUUGUCAACGUACCCAAUGGUGAUCGUGGGCAACAAGGUCGAUCUGCCAGACAAGGACAGAAAGGUCAGCACGUUGGAGGGCAAGGAGCUGUCAAAGAGCUUUGGCGCACCCUUCUUGGAGAGCAGUGCCAAGUCACGUGUCAAUGUCGAGGAGGCCUUCUUCACGCUGGUUCGCGAGAUUAAGAAGUGGUCGAACAAUCCAGAGAACGCAGAGACUGAACCAAAGGUCAAGAAGUCCAAGUGUACCAUACUUUAA